AUGCUGGGACAACUCAUUGCGCUGACUCCUAAACAAGUCGCCAACAGAAGGAUUCUGUGGGCACUUAUGCUAGUUCCAGUUCUUCCAUACCUGGCAAACGUGCUUGCCAUCCGAGCUGCUAACUCAAGAGCGGUGGUCUUUGCCAAUACACACGAGCAUCCCGUCGAGACAAUUAUUCAACGAGCAAAUGCCGACUUCGACAACUUGCUACUCCGCCAAUCCAAAUCCUACGCGGCCGCUUGCGACGAAUACCGCCGCCGAUACGAAAUGGAGCCUCCACCUGGCUUUGAAGAUUGGUUCAAGUAUGCCAACGCCCACGAAUCAAAGAUCAUCGAUGACUUCGACGUCAUGUACGAAUCAAUUAGCCCUUUAUGGAGCCUAAGUGGCCAACAGAUUAACCAAGCCAUGCAAGAUGUGCAGCUCUCCCCAGAAAACGAGAUCUGGACUUGUAAAUUCUCCGGCCAGACGGGCAACACGAGUUGCGUUCAUUCGUGGCGUAGCUUUGACAGACACGUGAGCAAAUUGUUUAAGCAGCUCAUGGGUGAUAUCAAAGGCGUCCUGCCCGACGUGGAAUUUUUGGUCAACCACCUGGAUGAACCAAGAGUCAUGUUUCCGGCAAAGGAAGAUCGAUCUAACUACAAAUUGGGCAUCGGAUUUAGAACCUUAUUUCAAACACCGACGUGGGCGUCCCUGGUGCAGUACUGCGACAAAAAAGAGUACAACGAAACCGCCACACUUCCCAAACCAACAGUCAACUUGUUUGAUCUGUCCUUCGUCCAGGAUACAUCUUCCUCUAGGAAUAUCUGUAAACAUCCCGAGUACCGCAACAUGCACGGCCUGUUCAUGAGUCCGACAUCGUUCCGGCUAAUGGAGGGCAUGGUUCCUGUGCUUUCCACUGGAUCACCGUCUACCAUGGGCGACAUUCUAUUUCCGAGCCCCGCAUACAUUGAGUCUAAGUUUGUGUACAGUGACAAGCAUGACCUGGACUGGUCGAGGAAAAAGAACAACGUCUACUGGGCUGGCUCUACAUCGGGUGCAUUUGCUAAGGACUCUCAGUGGGAGAAUUAUCACAGGCAGCGAUUCGUGAGUCUGGCGCAGCAGUUAGACGGGAAAGAGCACGCGUAUCUUGCCGACAAGGGUGGGAUUGUCCAGUGCGUGACAUCAUCUUUUCUCAACAGCAGGCUGUUUGACGUUGCCUUCACAAAAGUCUACCAGUGUGCAAAGAAGCCAUGUCGUGAGCAGUCGUUUUUCUACCGCAUGAAAGCCUGGGCAGGUAAGGACGAAGGGCUCCGAUCACGCCUGACUUUUGAUCUCGACGGAAAUGGCAUCAGUGGCCGAUGGUACAAACUGGUGGCCUCCAAGUCAGUGCCAUUGAAGCAAACUCUCUUUCGUGAAUGGCACGAUGAUCGCCUCUUGCCAUGGGUGCACUUUAUCCCCAUCAGCCUUGGCAUGGAGGAGCUCCCUGAGUUGGUCAUGUACUUGACCUCGACGAAACAGGGUCAGCAAAAAGCGAAGGAGAUUGCAGAUCAAGGUAGGAAGUGGUUUUCGCAAGCGUUGAGGGACGUUGAUAUGAGAAUAUAUGUAUAUCGCUUGCUACUGGAGUUGGCUAGGUUGCAGGAUCCUGAGCGACCAGUGAUCUGA